AUGCCGGGUAUCUCCGCCCGGGGCCUCUCUCUGGAGAAGAGGAGGCAGCUAGCUGUGAACCUCACGCGUGUCUUGGCGCUCUACCGUUCCAUCCUGGAUGCCUACAUCAUCGAAUUUUUCACAGACAACCUGUGGAGCACACUACCUUGCUCAUGGCAGGAAGCACUGGAUAGACUAAACCCACCACAGUUGGCCACGCUGCUACUGGGGAUGCCUGGGGAAGGAGAGGUGGUCAGAUACAGGUCUGUGUGGCCACUCACCCUGCUGGCCCUGAAGUCCACAGCUUAUGCCCUGGCUUUUACCCGGACACCUGGGUUCCAGACCCCUUCAGAGUUCCUGGAGAACCCCAGCCAGAGCUCCCGACUGACGCCUCUGUUCCGGAAACAUGUCAGGCCCAAGAAGCAGCAUGAAAUCCGGAGGCUGGGAGAGGUGGUCCAUGCUGGCCCUCGCCAACCCCCACACCACGUGGUUAGGUGGGUAGAUCCCACAACUCUGUGUGAGGAGCUUCUGCUUCCACUGGAGCCCCCACCUCAGGGGGGGCCCCGCCUGCUGCUUACAGGCCUUCACGCCUGUGGGGAUCUGAGCGUAGCCUUGCUGAAGCACUUCUGCUGCCCUAACGUGGCAGCCCUGGCCUUGGUGGGCUGCUGCUACAUGAAGCUGAGUGACCCUGGUGGCUACCCACUGAGCCACUGGGUGGCCAGGUUGCCUGGCUAUGAACUGCCCUACAGGCUGCGGGAGGGGGCCUGCCAUGCCCUGGAGGAAUAUGCUGAGCGGCUACAGAGAGCAGGUCCUGCCCUCCGAACCCACUGCUAUCGGGCAGCACUGGAGACUGUCAUCAGGUGUGCCCAGCCCGAGCUCCGUAGGCCAGGCGUGCAGGGGAUCCCCAGGGUCCACGAGCUCAAGAUUGAAGAAUAUGUGCAGCGGGGGCUGCAGCGAAUAGGGCUGGACCCCCAGCUGCCCCUGAAUCUGGCUGCCCUUCAAGCCCACCAGGCCCAGGAGCACCGUGUCGUAGCCUUUUUCAGCUUGGCUCUGCUGCUGGCCCCACUGGUGGAGACACUGAUUCUGCUGGACCGGCUGCUUUACCUUCAGGAGCAGGGCUUUCAUGCUGAGCUCCUGCCCCUCUUCAACCCUGAACUCUCUCCCAGAAACCUGGUUCUGGUGGCCACCAAGAGGCCCCUGGGUCAGGCCUUCUCUGUCCUGGAGACUGAAAACAGCUGA